CCAACAUCGAUCAUGGCUCUCGACCGCCCGGCUUACUCUCGCCACCAUCAGCCUUCCAUCCGGCACUUGUUGUCUGCCUGCAUGUUGCCAUGCACAAACAGCUGAUCGCCAUGAGGCGACAUGAUUAGCUCAACAUGGUAGGCCACGGUUAGGCUCAAGGGGAGCUAAGCGCCAGGAUUCACGGAAGACAACUGAAUUAAGCGCGCCCUUGGGGGGCGCCAAGGCCUGAAACUCCAAUCUUAAGGAACCCCUGUUGCAGCUUUGCACAUGGAGGUCAGGCUGUCAGUAUACCUUCUUUGCUUUCACAAAGAUCAUGUCUAGCUCUAGAUUCCAUCAUUGUAAUUCCAUCGCUCCCCCAUCUCCCUUCGCCCCAACAACCUUCCCUGUCUCGAUCAAGCGCCCCUUCAGCCACCAUGGCGGAACCUUUCCCAGGAUUCCUCCGCUGGAGCAUGCCUUCUGUCACUAUCCUUGGUGACUACCUGUAUGUCGACGGAGGUGAGGUCUCACGGCUCAUCGAUGGCCAGGUGCAAGAGCCGCCGUCUACACAAGUCAACUCGACACUCUCACUGAGCCUCAAGUCAUCAUGGACAAACUCGACGGCCAAGUGGACAGAGACGUCGCGGGCGGGCGUCCCCAAGCUCGUAAAAACGGGGUUCUGGCCUGACCCUCGGACCAAAUCCUUCUACCAGUGGGCCGGCUCCAUGGUUUACAACGCCAUCCCUCCGCCGAACCAGCUUUGGAGAUUUGCUGCCGACGGCGCGGGACGGGGUUCUUGGGCGGAAGUUGCGGUUCCUGACGCUGUAGGCUUUGGCGCGCUUGUAAAACCGGCAGCCUGCGCGUCGGCAUGGGGAGCGGACCGCGUCGGAUACUGCGUCAGCGGUUGGCUCGACAAGGCCACCGAUACGACAGGUUCCCGCAGGAUCGGGAUUCCGGGCAUGGUCACCUUGGACAUGGAAACAACGACGUUCAAAAACGUCUCGACCGACGGUCUCAAAGACAGGGGCAUAGCCAUCGAGUCACACGCCCAGAGCGUCCCCUUCGGCCCAAGGGCAAACUCGAGCGGUCUGCUCGCCCUUUUCGGCGGCAUGGAUUAUGACUCCCCACAGUUCUCCUUCUCGAACCUCUCCAUCUACGACCCGGAGCAAGGCCGCUGGCACUGGCAGACCACGACGGGCAGCCGCCCCACCGGCCGGGAGCGCUUCUGUCACGUCGGCGCGGCCGGCGACAACGGCACGUACGAGAUCUUCCUGUACGGCGGCAUACAGGCGGACCCCAAGACGACAUGGGACGACGUCCACAUCCUCUCCCUGCCGGGCUUCGUCUUCUUCAAAGCCCCCGAGUCGGCGCUGUCGAGCUCGCGCUGCGACCACGCCUGCGCCGCCGACGGCCGCCAGAUGAUCUCGGUCGGCGGCGCCGCCUGCAGCGUCGGCUUCCCCAAGUCGCUGACGGAGCCCGACCCCUGGAGGCAGGCGCUCGGAGUCUACGACAUGACGGACCUCGAGUGGAAGGCCGGCUUCGACGGGACCCGCCCGGCGUACCGCACGCCGCAGGUGGUCAAGGACUGGUACGCGCAGGGCGGGCAAAGGGCCGUCUCCUGGUCCAGCGACGCGAUGCAGCGGCUGUUUUCCCCAGAAACGAGGCCGGACUCCCCGCCGGGCACCCCGCUCAACACUCCCGGCUCCGCUGACGGCCAAGCCACACCGGCGUCCGGGCUGUCAGCCGGAGCGACCGCUGGUAUCGCGGUUGGGGCCGUCGCGGGCGCGCUUAUAAUAGCGGGCCUGCUUGCCUUUGCCUUCUUGCGGCGGCGGCGGCGGCGGCGGCGGCGGCUGGAGCUUGCCUCGUCUACCCACUCGGCAAAGUGCAUGGCUGCGGCUUGCCACGAGAUUCAGGGCGCCAGUUUUUAUGAGCUGCAGGCUCCGACGGCAGAGCUGCAGUGCCAUACCAUCAUGCCUUUCGAGAUGCCAGGCUCCAGUCGUCCGUACUACCCACGUCGAAAGGAGGAUCCGAAUAAUGUGUUUGCUGGUUGA